ACAUUCCCGUUUUUUUUGCGUAAUGUUGUCGGCCAGCAACCUAACGGGGAGUUUAUAGAUGACUAAUAUUUUUUUUAGAAACGUCAGGAUAGAACUAGUCUUUGGGGGGUAUGUUCAGUUAAUAUCAUUUUAUUUAUUUAAUCAUCAGCGCUACGAAGAGCUAUCAUCAAACUAACGCCUUGUAGUUUUGCUUUGGAGAGGGUGUGUAAAUCACAGAUAUUUUAUCAAAACAUUUGCAGUGUGACACUGUAUGGCCAACCUAUUCGAAUGGAAAUCUACCAAACCUUUUAAAAUUUUGGAAGACGAAAUAUUAUAUGUUGCGUGUGGUGCACUGUAUAAAUUUGUGUACUUAAUUUAAUAGAAGCUGUUGUAUGGCGGAAUCUUCUCAAGCUCAAUGCAAUGGGAAUGUUGAAAACCAGAUAUCUGAAUCCGAUUCUCAGGAUGAAGCGCUAUCUAAAUCCCUACGGUUGAAGAUCAUAGCUGGUCACAAUUUAGCAAAAAAAGAUAUCUUUGGUGCAAGUGAUCCCUAUGUACGUGUGGACCUCUUGACAGAAGAUUCGGAUACUGUGAUUGAUACCUUUUGUACCAGAACAAAAAAGAGGACUUUGAAUCCUGUAUGGGAUGAGGAAUUUGUCUUUCAGGCAAGUACAAACCAUCGAUUGAAGUUUGAAGUUUUUGAUGAAAAUAGAUUGACUAGAGAUGAUUUCCUUGGUCUAGUUGAAUUACCUCUUAAAAACAUUCCUACUGAACGAUCUGGUCGCCACAUCAGUGCUAAAUACUACAUUCUACGGCCUCGGAGUUCCAAGUCUAGAGUCAAAGGGCAUCUAGAAAUUUAUCAUGCAUUCACCCCAACUGGAGCAUCAGAUGAUGAUGACACAUCUAGCCAACAGGAAACUGAAUCUGGUUGGGAGAUGGUGAACGCUGAAGAUGGCACUCGUGUUUUGGAGGAGACUGUGAUCUCCCCCAGAAUGGUGUCGACCCCUCCGUCCAGUCAUUCCCCUCUCCCUCCAGGGUGGGAGGAGAGGCAAGACGCCAAUGGGAGAACUUACUAUGUCAACCAUGCAGCACGGACUACCCAAUGGGAGAGACCGACCGGAGCCACUCAAAUUGAAGACGAUGUUCAGCAACGUAGUCUAGAGUCAGCACAAGAAUUCCGGCGCCGUGUACAUAUUAGUGUGGAUCACAGUGAUGAUGUGAUAGCUGAUCAUCCGCGCGAUAACACUGAAAUUUUAAGAACAAUGCUAGAAUCACAAAGGCUUGAUCCAAACAUCAGACGCCAUUCCAUGCCUACAAGUAGCCUCACAAGACAGACAAGCUCAAACCAGUCAAGUUCAGAAGGGUUGCCAGCGGGGUGGUCAAUGCAAGUGGCUCCUAAUGGGAGGGUGUUUUACAUUGAUCAUAAUUCCAAGACAACCACUUGGAUUGAUCCCAGAACAGGCAAACCUAGCAUACUCCCUAACCAGAGUAAUGUGCCAAAUAGGCCUCGUUUCAGCAGUGUUGACGACCUAGGUCCUUUACCGGAAGGUUGGGAAGAGCGGUUUCAUACUGAUGGGCGAAUAUUUUUUAUUGAUCAUAAUUCUAGAAUAACGCAGUGGGAAGAUCCUAGAUUAAAUAAUCCCAACAUAGCAGGACCUGCAGUUCCUUACUCAAGAGAUUAUAAAAGGAAAUAUGAAUAUCUUAAAGCAAAAUUGCCAAAACCUGCUAAUGUGUCUGGGAAGUUUGAGCUAAAAGUCAGUCGUGAUAAUGUUCUUGAAGAUUGCUAUCGUAUCAUCACUGCCGUCCAGAGAGUAGACAUACUGCGCACGAAACUCUGGGUUGAAUUUGAUGGAGAAGAGGUUCUAGAUUAUGGUGGUGCAUCUAAGGAAUUAUUCUUUCUCUUGUCUAAAGAAAUGUUUAAUCCUUAUUAUGGUUUAUUUGAAUACUCUGCUGUAGAUAAUUAUACUCUUCAAAUUAAUCCUGCUUCUGGUGUGUGCAAUGAAGAUCAUUUGUCCUAUUUUAAAUUUAUCGGUAGAGUAGCGGGCAUGGCAGUUUACCAUGGGAAGCUCCUGGAUUCCUUCUUUAUUCGUCCUUUUUAUAAAAUGAUGCUUGGGAAACCUAUUAGCCUUAAAGACAUGGAAUCAGUGGAUUCUGAGUAUUAUAAUUCACUGUUAUGGAUUAUGGAAAAUGAUCCUGCUGACUUGGACUUAAGGUUUUCCAUAGAUGAAGAUUUAUUCGGUCAAAUGCAGCAAAGAGACUUGAAGCCCAAUGGCAGUGAAAUUCCAGUUACCCAAGAGAAUAAAAUGGAAUACAUCAAUUUAGUCAUUCAAUGGAGAUUUGUGUCCAGAAUUGAGCCCCAGAUGAAUGCCUUCUUGGAGGGUUUUGGCGAAGUGGUUCCUAUGCAUCUAAUAAAAUUAUUUGAUGAGAAUGAGUUAGAGCUCCUGAUGUGUGGCAUUGGUAAGAUCGAUGUCAAAGAUUGGAAGCAGAACACUGUUUAUAAAGGAAGCUAUCAUGCCAACCACAUUGUGAUACAAUGGUUUUGGAGGAUGGUAAUGUCAUUCACCAAUGAAAUGCGUGCCCGACUACUACAAUUUGUGACAGGUACUUCUCGAGUCCCGAUGAAUGGCUUCAAAGAACUCUAUGGCAGCAAUGGCCCUCAGCUCUUUACUAUAGAAAAAUGGGGAACAACAGACAAUUUGCCUAGAUCCCAUACUUGCUUCAACAGGCUGGAUCUGCCUCCCUAUGACAGCUAUCAGGAACUGAGAGAUAGGCUAAUAACAGCAAUUGAAGGUUCUGAAACGUUUGGAGGGGUUGACUGAUUGCAGUGCUUGUGCGUAGAAAAUCAAAAGUUUGCUGCAAGGAGCUCAAUGGUGAUGAACUGAGUAAAUGAUUAUGAACUAUUUUAUUUAAGAUGUUGUAUAUAUUAUGUAAUAACAAAUUAGUAUAGAAUAUUUUCCAACUUUUGAAUGUCUUGUUUGUUGAAAUUUUGCUAUUCAUCUCUUGAAAAUGAAGAGAAGCGGAAAAAAUAUUUGUUCAUACGAAACUUCAUUUUUGUUGUUGAAUGUUAGCUUGUGCGCUUAUGUCUGCCCCCCGUCACAUUGCUCAAACUUGAAAACAUGGGCUAAAAAUAAUUUAUGUGAUGUCGUGUUAUCUAGUUGCUUCGUUAUGUGUUGUAUGAUUUCAGAUUUUUAUUAUUUAAUGCUUUGUAGAAGUUGUUUUCGAAAGUUGUGUGGCAAUUUUUGUUAUGAAAUUUUGAGAUAUUUUUAAUGUAGUGAAAUUAUUAUUAUUAUUACAUGUAAAGUUAAAAUCAUGUGAAAUUAAGCCCAAAAAACAUGCCAGCUGUUUAGGAAACAAAGGAGUUGUGGGAUUUGGUUUUAAUACAUAUAUUUUUUCUUUCUGUAGUGUAGUGCAGCUUCAAUAGUGAGUACAAUGGUUGUAUUCCUUAGUUUGUCCUUUACAUGUUCUUCAUUUGAGCGAGACAAAUUCAACAUGAAAAUUUCAUUAGUCUUCAUUAGAGUGCUAGAUUUUUUUUUAAAGAAUUUAGGAUAAUGGAAAUAUUGGGGUUUUUAAUAUAAUAGGAAAAAUAGUUCAAAUCAUUAACAAGUGUUCUGAUUGUAAGUAGAUGUCAGGACACCAGUUAUAAUUAGGUUAAGUGGCAUGAAUAUAUAUUUUCAUAUUGAAUUCUGUAUAAAUACAGCAGUGCUAUUGCUUUAAAAGUAAUGUGGGAAUAGAUUUACAUGCUUACAGAUUUAAAAAGUAAAGAAAUGUUUUUAAAAAAACUUUGUAAUUCCUCAAAUAUCCCGUCUCUUGCUAGACUUAAAAAAAAAAAAUGUGCCAAGUUAGCAAUUAAAUUUUAGUUAAUCAGAAAGUACAUUAAACUAUGUAAAUUAUUUGCUGACAAGUUUAUUCGUAUAUGUUAUUGAACAACUGUGGAAUUUUGAAGUUACCAUUUUUUUUUUUUUUUAAUUGUCAAUGCAUUUUAGUCAACAAGUGCAAAUCCAAUUGUACUACUAAACGAGCUGCUAUGCCUCAGAAUUCCGAGAAAUAACCCUUAAUGACAUUUUAUUAUUAUAAGCAAAAAUUUUUGCAGCGUUCUAUAUCUUAAAUGCAUGAAUAUUUCUAACAAUGUCCCACCCCCCUUUAACUUUAGUUCAUUACGGCGCCUAUUUUAUCUCCUUUUCCUUAUGUAGUAUUCAUUACUUUAUUCAUUCCAGAAUGUAUCAUCUAUCAUGGAUUGAAAGAAUUUUAAUAGACUGUUUGCUUGCCAAAUCAAUCUGCUUCGAAUCAUUCCCAUCAACUAGACUAAUUUAAUUAAUUGGAUAUGAAUUUCUCAUGAGUUCUUUUUCAAAAUAAAGUCCACUAGAAUUGUGAUAUUUUAUUAAGCUUGUUGUCACGUGAAAAAUUGUUUUAAUUUGCAACAUCAUUCACUCAGAUUUCUUAAAUGAACAAGUACAUUUGAGUGAAUGUAACUCGUUCAUUUCUUCAAUUAAUGAGUACAAUGUUUAUGGAUGGUAUUGAAGCUAGAAAAUUUUGCAUGAAGAAGUAGUUUUCUUUUAAAGUUCAUAAUACUAUGUUUAACUUCAAGAAAGCUGGAAACCCCUACUUGAUUGAAACAUUAUUAAUGCUAAAAAUUGUAUGUGUGAUGUAUGUCAUUUUUAUGUUUACAUUUUUUAAUUUUCAAAUAAAGAAAGAUUGUAUUAAAAUUAAAUUAGACCGAAAUAAUAUAAACCUCUUCCGCACAAGGGACAUAAUGUUGUAUAUCAAGCUUCGACAUAGGCCCUACUACCUGCUAAAUUGCCAUUAAUGUCCAUGUGGUAAUCGCCUGAUUUCAAUGAAUUAUAUUUUGUUUUAAAUAAUCUAUUUCAUAUUUUGACUAUUAUUUGUAAUACAUUAUUUUAAUGUGUUAGUUUUUUAUGUGAAUUAUUUAUUUUUCAUGAUAUUUGUUUACGUAACUAAAAAAAAAAAUUUGAUUUGAUUUUUCUGCUUAAUGAUAUGUAGAAUAAUAUUUUACUUAAUCUGAAAUCAAAACCUAUUUAUGUAGGUAACUACAGGGUUCGUACGGGUCAUGGAAAUCCUGUAAAGUCAUGGAAAAAAAAUAAGCAAAUUUCAGACUUGGAAAAGUCAUGGAAAAUUGAAAUUUUCAGUCUAAGUCAUGGAAAUUUAUUUUCAGUCAUGGAAAAAUGUUCUGGGAAAAAAGUAACAGUAGCUAAAAAAAAGCAUUAGAAAUCUUGAGUGACUUAGUAUUGCACCAUAAAAGCUAUUUAAACUGAAAAAUUGAACGAUCUCAAAAAACAUUGCAUCCAAGUUCGUUUCCAUCACUCCUAAAUCUUUAUUUUAAGAUUUAUCAGAGUUUAUCUCAAUUUGUUGAAGGUUUUGGACAAUCUUUGGUCAGGCGAUAGAACACAGAAAUCAGGCAAUUUUAAUGCUCAAAAACAGUAGUGCCCAAUAUACGGCCCGCAAAACUAAUCCAUGCGACCCACUGGUACGUUCAGUGUCAUUAUUCAAACAUGUUCUGGAAUUUCUGAACCUAUUAAUUUAUAUAUGCAUUUGAAAAUGUACAAAUAAGUAAACAAGUACAUUUAAAUCAAAAGAUUUAUUUACUAUGAAAUGUUUUUUUUUUUUUAAAUAUCUGGUUUAGAAACAUGAAUUUACUAAAGAAUGUGGCUUUAUUUUAAAGAACCAAAAAAUUGUCAAUUUGACAUUAAAAGACAACUUUUGAAGCAAAUUUAUUGAAACUUAGUAAUGAUUCAUUCAACCUUUUCCCCAAUCAUUAUCAUUCUGCCUGUUUAAAAAAAAUAGUCGCCAUGUUUAAGCAUCAUUCACUGUAGUUUUAACUUAAACUUAUAUGAUGAAAACGGUAAGAAUUCAGUUUUUUAGUUGUACACUGAUAUUUUUUCAAUCAGGCAGUGGCAUUCACAUAAAAGUUUUGCUAAUGCUCAUUUCCACAAAAAAAAAAAAAUCGUAAGUUUGAUAUUAAAUAGUACUAUUCUCUUCGUGUAACAAUGUCAUGAAAAUUUUCAUGAAGUCUUGGAAAAGUCAUGGAAUUUUUUCAUCCAAAUAGAGUAUGAACCCUGUAACUAUGAUGCUCACUUUUUUAAAAAAAUUGUGUAUGUAAAUAGUAUUUCAUUCAUAUUUUCUUUUUGCAUUCAAUCAAUAAGUUGGCUUGUUCAAUAUUCAAAUUAAUCAUAAAAUGCACAUUUAUUAUUAACUUUACAAUAGAAACAUUUGUUUUGAUGAGAAUUUCAGUAUUGAGGAAUUAUUAUGCAAAAAGAAAAGCCUCAUUUAAAAAUGCUUUAAAAAUGAAUUUUACUUUUAAAGCAUAUAUUUAUGUAUUAUUUCACAUUUAAAUGUAAACUUAACAAAACAAGUUAGUUUUUAGCAAAUUAGAUAUUUUGUACUUCCUGUUGAUACAUUCAUAAUUACUUUUAUAGCUCAGUUUUUUUUUAACAUCUGUGCUUUUUUAGGCAGCAUCAAAUUCAUGUUUGAAAAUCAUUUAAUUGUAAAUCUUAUGUUUUUUAGGACAGAGAGGAAAAAAUAACAAACUAGAAUGUGGAUUUUAAAAGUAUUUUGAUAUAGAUAUAUUCAUUGUUAGCUUUGAUGACUUAUUUGAAUUUUUAUAUGCUCAUUUAAAUUUGUACCCUCACUUUUACUAUUCAAUUAAAUCCAUAGCAGAAUGUAAUGGAUAUUUAAAAAUAUUUUGUAGGGUUAGUACAAGCAAUGCAAACUUUUUUUCUUGCAUUUUGUAUAUAUGUGCCCAAGAAAUUGAUCAUCACCUCGUAUAAGGUAUUUAACUUUGGGUUAAUAGUUUAAAUUCCAUACAUAUUAGCAUUUAUAAAAAAUCAAUUUUAUUGUUUAAAUUUAAAAAAAAAAAUAAAUCCUUUAUAUCCAGACAAGCGUGAUAUUUUUAUAGUAACAUUGUGUUGGACAACAGCUUCAUUUGGUGCCAUUUCCGGUGUAAAAAUUAUUGAAAUGUUAAAUUUUAUUUCACAAGUUAAUGUACAAACCUUGCCAUGUGAUGCACUUUGUUUGGGAGCCUUUUGCCUAUGGGACUUUUUAGUGUAACAGGGUUCAUAUGCUCCAGGAAUUGUCAGGAAAAAUUACAUUGUUAAAAAUCUCAGGGAAAAG